GAACAAAGUCUUAUUCCAUAUAUCCCAAUCUGUAUUGAUAAGGAAAUUCUCAGCUCUCUACAAUGUGUGCAGGAGCUGCUUCAGCGAAUAACCCAAACGAAUGUUAGAAUGGAAAGUGAAUUAAAGGCACUGAAAGAAGAAUAUCAGACCCUUGAAAGAGAUAAUGAGCUGCAAAGGGAGAAGGCAAAGGAAAAUGAAGAAAAGUUCCUUAAUCUUCAGUAUGAGCAUGAGAAAGCACUAAGAACUUGGAAAAAAGAUGAGGAAAACAUGAGAAGAGAAUUAGACACUAUUAAAAAUGAGCUGAGUUCCCUUAAAGGAGUUCAUAGACAUUUUGAAGACUAUCAUCCUCCUCAGGGAAAUCAGCAUUCUGAGCAAGUGGAAAAUCUGCAGGUAAGUGUCUCUAACAGCUGCAGUACUUUCCAUUUGUUGUGAAAACACAAGGCAAUGAGAGACAGUGGUCAAGAACACUCAAAAGACAGUGAAAUACAGCCUGUACAGAAAGAAAAUGGGUGUAUGCAAUCUAUAAUAAGAAAGGACAGUAAUUUUGGACAUGAAGAAGAAAUCGAAGUAAAAACCACAAUGGACUGCUCUUUAAGCACUGAGGAAUUACAGAUAGAACAAGGUUUACUAGUUCUUGAGAACAAUUUUAAGGAUGAAGUUAAUGUUGCUAGCCCUUAUGAAGAAAAACAAAGGGAGGCUUCUCCCAGGAAUACCCUCUGCACAGAUACUGAUUUAAUUACCCAAGGACAGACCUCAGAAAUACAUGUCACAGAGUGCAAAGAAGCAGAAAAUCUAGGUGCACCGUGUAGAAUGUUACUGGAUGAAAACAGUGCAGCUUUAGAAGCAAAGCUACAGGACAGCACUGAGCCGCUGGCAGCAUGCCACGCACAAAGAAAGGUCUUUUUAGACAGUGCUGACACUGUAGGUGCCUACAAGAAAAAUGGAAGUCAGGAGACCAAUUCUAGCAAGCAAGAAUCAUGUAGUGCUACAGGUGAAUCAACCAGUACUAAGGCAGGUAAAGCAAAUCCCAGUGUCCUUACGCCUGAAGCACCCAAAAUGGAGCCUGGAGCAGUUCUUUGCACCGAGAAAAAUGUUUUGUGUGAGACAAGUACAGAUAAUUGCCAAGCUAAGGAAUUAAGUUUUGGCAUCCCACCUUAUAUUAACGAAAACUCUCAGAAGGAAUAUCAAAAAUGUAGCUUGCUGGAUGGUGACAAUUAUGUAGGCAAUAGAUUACAUAACCCAGACAAAAACGUGUUAAAUCUGAGUAGUUUAAACAGAGAGAAGCUUCCUUUCAAACAGACAGACAUAGAUCCUGAAGACAGAAAUUAUGAUGACAACGCCAGAAACGUAAGCAGUGCACUGAGGAGUACCGGUGUUCCAGCAACUGAUGCUCAAGAUCUACCAGCUGUUUACUGUGAUAAUACAGGCAGUGAUGAUGUGUCUCUCUUGGGUACUUCCAAUUUAUGCCCCCCCAAAACAGGAAUAAAUGUGGAUGACGUGUGCAGCAAGCAACCUGAACAAGAUGGUACUGAACAAACUGAGAAUGCUACAAACACACGUGCUUUGAACACACAAGAUGCAUCUCCAGUAAAAGCUGAUGGUGUUGAAAUAAUUGCUCAUAAAAAAACCCCAAUAGAUAGAAUUAGUACAGAUAAGCUCAUUCCAUGUACAAGAGUUAAUGAUGAUGUUCAGAUACACUCCAUCAAAAAUGGACAUUCCCCAGAGAUCAAUCAUUCAACGAAGAACAUAUUGUUAAAAGAGAAAAAAGACUCACUGGAUAGUACAGUUCCAGGAAGGAAGUUUGCUGAGGGUCACCUGAAAGAAUCAUGCUCUUUACCCAUGAGAACAUCUGGAAAUUUAGUAAACAUAAGUGGAAGGUCAUCCUUUGAUCUUUCAACCUCAGAUAAAAAAGCUGAGAAAACUCCAGUAUACUUAAAUUUUUUAGACUUCAGUUCCCAUUCGAGAGUAAAUCAAAUGAGAGGUCAGGCUACAUGGACUUCAGCUUACCCAGAACCUUCCCUUUUGAAAGAGAAGCUACCAUGCUUAGUGGAAAACACAAAGUUUAUUUCAGAAACACAAUGUCAAAAUCUUAGUGAAAAUGUUGACAGAAGAGAAACAGAACAAGGUUCUACCAGUUUUAACAGAGCUGCCGACACUUUGAAUACCUCUAGUAUCCACCGAGACCCCCAGGGAGACCCUAGUGAAGAAAGGAAUGCUACAGCAAAGACUUUUUAUGAUUCUUCUUUUCCCACAGAACAUGUUAGAGGAUAUACUGCUUUAAAGCAUGAGCAGAAGACUUCUCCCAUGACUGUAACACGAGCCAGAAAUGAAAGUGCAGUGAGAGAUGAGGACAACUGUUCUCUUCAUAAUUCCAUUAUGCAAAGCCAAAUAGAAGAAAUUGAGAAAUUUCUGAACUUGGAGAGACUUCAUUCAGCAAGAAAAAGAAAAUAUGAAGAAGGCCAGUGA